CGGUCGAAUUUCGUAAACAUUGCGUCGGGGCGCUAUUAUCUUCAAUACAACUGUCUCUACUGAAUAUUUACCAUACAUUACGCGAUUUUAUGCAUGCGUAGGUCACGUGUGAGGCGUUAUAACGCGCUCUAGCGCGUUGUCUGCAGAGUCCGCGGAAGGAGGCGUGACUCCCGCGUUUACUGUUACAUUGUGACACCGGAGUUCAUUCAGAUACAGAUCAGAUCUGCCCGACACUCGCCAAACUAGUCUGAGGUGCAGACGGAAGUAAAAUGAGUGCAGCUCUCUUACACAGACUGAAGCCCGCAGUGAGCGUCGCGAGCCGCCUGUGGAGCUGCAAACCCCCGCGGAUCGAGCCGAGCAGCGCAGCCGCCUCAGUGAGACUCUACAGCGGACUGAUGGAGUCCCGAGCGCCGCUCUUCAGACAGCUCUUUGAGUCUGAGAGCAGCACAUACACGUACCUGCUGGCGGAUGCUGACAGCCGAGAGGCCGUUCUGAUCGAUCCGGUGCUGGAGACAGUGGACAGAGAUCUGCAGCUCAUCAGUGAACUGGGCCUGACGCUCAAAGUGGCCUUGUUGAUGAUCAGGAUUAUCAGAUGUCUGACGGUGCGAGAGACGCCGGGACACACAGACGGAUGCGUGACGUACGUCUCUGAAGACGAGCGCAUGGCCUUCACCGGAGACGCUCUGCUCAUCCGCGGCUGCGGACGCACCGACUUCCAGCAAGGUAGUCCUCACAGACUGUAUGAGUCUGUCCAUAAAAAGAUCUUCACUCUGCCGGGGCACUGUUUCGUUUACCCCGCUCACGACUACAAGGGGCAGACCGUGUCCACCGUCGAUGAGGAGAAGAAGUUCAAUCCACGGCUGACGAAGACUCUCCCUGAGUUUGUGAACAUCAUGAACAACCUCAACCUCCCCAAACCUAAGAAAAUAGGUACA